AUGCUAGCUCGCAAGGAUCUUCACAGAAAGGGGGUUGAAUAUUGCUUUAAGCUGAAUGACGUCGACAUGCGUCGCAAGUUUGAAAUUGUUGAGAGCGUGACGGCCCUCAUGUUCAAUCAAACAAGCUUCUUCCAUCAAGGACAUGAACACAUGGUUGAGGUUCAACCGGCCAUGCGAGACGUCACGGGUCACAUUCAAAACUUGAGAGCUGAAUACCAACACCAAAAGGCCAACACUGACUUCACGUUAGUUUUACGUGAGGCCACGUCAGCAAUGUACAAUCCAACCUUUAAACCAGUCGACGUGGUUCACUUUUGGGGUUCUGAAGAAGAGGAUGGAAAGGUACCGCCAUUGAAAGCAGGUUACCUGUACAAGAAGGGCUCAAGCAAGAUGAGGACUGUGUGGAAUCGCCGUUGGUUUGAGAUUUUGGCAGCAGGAUCUCUACGAUACGUGUCUGAAGCAAAAGACUUUGAGCACUCAAGUGUGGAUAUUCGAACGUGCAAGACCAAAGAAAUUGAGCUUCCUGAUCGAAGGAAUUGCUUGGAAAUUGUAACUCCGCAAAAAACCUUGGUGUUGCAAGCCGAGAAUGAGUUUGAAUUGAAGGAUUGGAUCGAAGCCCUAACUGUUGCAGCAACGACACCUCCAGGGAACCCCAUAGUGCUUCCAAAUGCUCCCAAGGUGGCUGUAAUCCAAACAAGUGCUCCAACACCUGUCCCAUCUGCAUUCAAGACCGAGUACAAUAAUGAUUCUCCAACCUUUCCUCCUAUUGAAAAUCCAGUUGCACAUGUUGCUGUAUCUUUGGCACCUGUUGAUGAUGCUGAUCCUUGGGCGAAAGAGUAG